GAAAAUGCACUUUUAAUGCUGGCAAAAUACGAUACGGUUAUCGUUGUGGACGAUUCAGGUUCUAUGUCGAUCAAUCGACGAUGGCAGAUGACCGAACAGGCUCUCAAGGAAGUCACGACGGUUGCUGCCACGUACGACAAGGAUGGCAUAGAUGUUCAUUUCCUUAAUAAUGCAAAGUUUCUCAAGAAUGCCAAGGAUCCAUCGGAUAUUUCACGCUUAUUUAGAAGUGUGCAGCCAGAUGGCCUCACGCCCACGGGAGGCAAGCUCGACGAAUUAUUGACGAAAUACCUGGACAAACUUGAUGCCGCCAAGAAGCGGGGAAAUCAGUACGAUGUCAAACCGGUCAACUUCAUUGUCAUUACCGACGGCCAAUCAAGUGACGAUCCGGUCGACGUUAUUGUCAGGGCUGCAAAACGCUUGGACGAAGGACAUUAUUUAUUGAGCCAGGUGGGCAUCCAAUUCCUGCAGAUCGGAAGGGAUUUAGCAGCCUCUGAGGCAUUGCGGGUACUCGACGACGAACUGGCAGCACAUGAGAACGUCCGAGAUAUAGUGGACACGACACCGUACUAUGUUACGGGAGGGAAGAUCACUGGUACCAUGAUCAUUAAGAUUCUUCUCGGCGGUAUCAACCGACGAGUGGACAGGAGCUCG